CAUCUUUAUUAAUUAACUCUUAUUAAUCAUUCUAAUCAUCUUAAUCAUCAUCGAUCCUCAUCAUUCUCACUUCGUCACCAUCAACAAUUAUCAUCAGUUUCAAUUUGUUCUUCCUUUGAAUCGGUAACCGUUUUUCUCAGUCGAUCAUCAACUUACCUUUUAUUGUCCAUUGAUUAUGUUAACUGUUUGAUUUCAAUUUGGUUUCGUUAAUUAUGUUCAUCUAAUUGUUUCAAUUGUUUUUCGAUUCUAAACAAAAAUAAUUAAACUUAUUUAUUCUCUAAAUUGUUCGUUAUCUUCUCUCUCUCUCUCUCUCUUUACCUUUUAAUCGAUUUAUGGUGUCAAUCAUCUUCUUCCAAUAAAAGAUGAUGAUGAUCAACCAUUCGACUGAAUUUCCUCAAGAUACCAUGAAAAUCAUCUGAGAUUAUUAUCAAUACAAUUUCAUUACAUUUCUUCACUUUCCACCAAUUAAUUAUCUCUAUCAAUCGUCAAUACAUCUUAAUUGUGUCUUAACCAUCUUGGGAUCUCAAUUGAUCGGAAUAUGCAUUUAAAUUGUUUACCAGUUUUCUCACUAAUCAUCAUCAUCCAAUUUACUCGAUAAUUAUAAUGGUCGAUGGCUACAGUAAAGCUCCACCACGAUUAGCAUCUCCUAAAUCUAAUCCAGUCAUUUAUCGAGCUGGAUCUAAGGUUCAACUUCAAUGUCCAGUGUACGCUGACCCUCAGCGAUUAAUCAUUGAAUGGAUGAGAGACAAUGUCCCGAUUGAUCAUAUUCAUCGGUACUUCGUCACCUUAAAUGGUUACCUGAAAAUUGAAUUCGCUCAGAUUGAAGAUUCCGGUGUUUAUACUUGCAAAGCGGUCAAUGGUUUCGGCUCCGUCGAUGCCAAUAUAACGCUGAGCAUUCUCGGUGAAAAUGAUCUUAGUGUAAGGAGAUUCACAUCGAUUGGUGAUAAUCGUUUAUAUCACAAUCAUCAAUUGAACAUAAAUCACAACAAUAUAAACAUCAACAACCACAAUAACCACAACAACAUCAACAGUAACAACAACAAUAAUAAUGACAAUCAACAGAUUCAUAGUGUGAACAGUAAUCUUAAUUUUGUGAACAAUUUGAAAGACGGAAAUGGGGCCGUUGGUCAAUCGAUCGGUAGAUUUGACAGUGACGGUGAUUAUUAUGAUCUUCAAUCACCGUACUUUUUAACGCCACCGACAACGAAAGAGAUUAAGAAAAACAAAGGGAAACCUUUGCGACUUCGUUGUCAUGUGGAGGGUAAACCAAGGCCCGAAAUUGUUUGGUACAAAAAUGGAUCACCGAUCAGUGCGUCCAAAGUGUCGGGGAGAAAUUCUCGAACCAAUGGAAUCCUCGAUUUCAAUGAGGCUCGACUCGAAGAUUCUGGUUAUUACAUGUGUGUCGCCACGAAUCUAAAAGGACAAAUCAACGCGACAUUUAGUGUGACAAUCACAGAUAAAAUUAAUAGACCAGAAAUCAUUGGUAUUAAUCCAGAAAACAAGACUGUCCUUUCAGGUCAAACUGCUUGGUUCGAGUGUCGAUUUAGAUCUAAAUUAGAUCCAGUAGUUAAGUGGUUGAAAGAAGUGACUCUGGAUGAAAUGGACGAAAAUCCUGAUGAAGAUCGAGGUAUUCUGAUUGAGAUCGACGGUGAAUACUUCAAGUCACUCAAGUCGAGUUCUAAUGUCUAUAAACGAGAAGGAAUCUAUUCUCAUCGAUUAGUAAUUGAUUCAGUUAAUCAAGCCGAUUCUGGGAAAUAUUUGUGUUCGGUGGUCAAUUACGAGGGUUACGUUUAUCGUGACAGUUACUUGACUGUGGCCACGGCGGUUGAAAUGAAUCAACUUCGAGGUGGAUUGGGGUUUCAAGGGAUCAACUAUUGGGCUAUUUUAAUCGUUGUCUUAGCCACAAUUGCGCUAAUUGUUUUGAUAACAGUUACCAUUUUCUGCUUAAUCGACCACAGGAGAGGAGGAAGAGGAGUCGCAAUCGAAUCAGGAUUAAUCGGAGUAAAUGGCGGAAGAGGUAAAGGAUUAAGAGAAAGAUUAACGGAAGGAGGUAAACGAUUACUUGACCCAAUUUCUAAAUUCGAUGCAUCGGCAAAGUUCCCAAUCCUCGAAGAGCGAUAUCACCCUUCGUGCUAUCAUCAUCAUGUUAAACACCUUCAACCACCGACACUUAAUCAUUCAUCUUCAUCCAACAACAAUGUGAUUCCUCAUCAAUCAACAACGGUCACUUCCGCUUCUACCUCCCACAAUCAGCCGAAUCACAGCAAUUAUGGUCACUAUUCAUAUCUUCAUCAUCAUCAUCAUUAUCAAAAGAAAUCAGCUGAUUACCAACGGUCAUUUAAAAACUAUGCUUCUUACCAAAAGAUCACCAAUGCCGUUAUUCAUGAUAAAUCUUCAUCUCCAUCGACAACUCGUAGUCUUGGUGUAAUUUAAAUUCGUAAACAAUUAGCAAUUAAUUUAAAUUCAUUCCUUUUUUUUUCAUCGAAAUCAUCAUCAUCCUAAUGGCCAACAGUAUUUACAAUUAAUUCAAUAAUCUCACAAGACUUUGCAAUCAAUCAGACAAAGUAAAAUCCAAACAAUAAUCAUUCCAACAAUUAGCAUCGGUUUGUUGACACUUCCAAUGCUGAUCAAUUAAUUGUCGCUUCAAAAACAAUUUAAUUGCUUUUAUUACCUUCAAUUAGACAAGCUAAUUAACCGAUUCAUUACCAAUCUUAAUUAAUUGUCUAUUUGUGCCAAAAUUAGAUGAGAAAACCUUAAUGAUUCUUAAUAAUAUCCUUAAUUAUUAUCAAUGUUAAUUAACUUGUUCCUCUUCUCAUUGUCCAUUUUUUUUAAUUGUUGUUUAACUUAAUCAGUGUUUGCGCAAUUUUAGUGAAAGUUAAUCAAACUGUUCACUAAUCGUUACCCGAACUUGAAAGCAUUUUGUCACAAUUUAGAAAUCAAACCCAAUUAGAUCAAAGUUUCAUCUUCGAAUUUGUAUUUUCAUUAGAUUUUUAAUAGAAAAACUUUUUUUUCAACUUGUUUGAAGCCCUCAAGUGAUAAUUAACGAGUUAUGAUUAACUAAUCAACUCUAUCAAGAUUACGGCCUCAGCCUAGUCAUUUGUAAAUUGUUUCUCUCUUUUUUAAUACAAUCAUCUUACUUACUAUUUAUGUUCAAUUUUAGUUGAAUCAACAGUUUCCUUUUCCUGUUUCCCUGAAAAAAUUGUAAAUUGUUUUUCUCACAAUAAUUGUUAUACAAAUUGUAUAAAAAAAUGGUCACAAAAAUAAAUUAUCUUUCCCUUGACAAACAA